UUUUCUCAGCAUAGAACAUUUUGCAUGCACCUUCCAUGUGUUGUUUGUUCCCCUCUUUACAGUAGCAAUUUUUUCCUGUACGUUGCCAUCUGUGGAGCACAAUGGAUGCUAUUUGCGAAACAGUGGGAUGCGGCAAGCCGUCCAAGCUUCGCUGUCCGACUUGCGUGAAGCUGGGUAUUCCAGGCAGCUUCUUCUGCUCGCAGGACUGCUUCAAAAGUUCGUGGAAAGCACACAAAGGUGUACACGACAUGACGGCCUCCAGCAAGGAUCAAACUCCGCAGGAGGCCCUUCUCUCUUCAAGAAAGUGGUCUGGCUUCCAGUUCACAGGCCCGUUACGUCCGUAUCCCGUCAGUCCGUACAGACCUGUGCCAGCGCACAUUCCAAGACCUGACUAUGCAGAAACUGGUGAACCAAUCAGCGAGCAGCAGGCCAAACGCGCAGGUAUGAUACGCGUGCUAAACGACGAGGAGAUCGAAGGUAUGCGUGUAGUGGGAAAGCUGGCACGAGAGUGCCUAGACGUUGCCGCCAGGGCAUGCGAAGCUGGCGUAACGACGGACGAGGUUGACCGGCUGAUGCACGAGGCGGCCGUCGAACGCGAAUGCUACCCCAGCCCACUGAACUACUACAACUUUCCAAAGUCGCUGUGCACAUCGGUGAACGAGGUCAUCUGCCAUGGAAUUCCGGACACGCGUCCGUUGGAGAACGGCGACUUGUGCAACUGCGAUAUCACCGUGUAUCAUCGGGGCUUCCAUGGAGAUUUGAACGAGACUCUGUUUGUGGGUGAUGUGGAUGAGAAGUCCCGUGAUCUCACCAAGGUGGCGUAUGAGUGUCUGAUGAAGGGCAUAGAUAUUGUGCGGCCGGGCACAAAGUUCCGUGAGAUCGGCAAUGUGAUCCAGGCGCAUGCGUCUGCCAACGGGUACUCGGUAGUCAAGUCCUACUGCGGACAUGGCAUCAACAGCUUGUUCCACUGUGCGCCCAACGUGCCGCACUAUGCCGGAAAUAAGGCGGUGGGAGUGAUGAAGGUCGGCAACACGUUCACCAUCGAGCCCAUGAUCAACGCGGGCUCGUGGCGUGACGUGUCCUGGCCCGAUGACUGGACUGCCGUCACCCGCGACGGCAAGAGAUCGGCGCAGUUCGAGCAGACCCUGCUUGUCACGGACACUGGCUGCGAGAUCCUGACACGGCGGCGGGAGAAUGACGGCUUGCCCUGGUUCAUGGAUAAGAAGUGAUGUGGAGUGCUGUUCGCUAUUGCUAGGCUAUGGCUGUGGAUAGCUGAUUUAGCAUGAGCAGAGUCUGCGCUCACGAAUGAUGUCAUACCCAGGAGAGGUGCUGGCGAAUGAUGUCAUGUUUGGGAGAGCCACUGACGAUGGGUGUCCUACCUAUACUUGGCUAUAGGAACCUCUCUGUUGAAAUUAUUUUCCCUGUUUCAAGGUGUGCGCUUUGAUACAGCUAAACAGCUGUUUGCCAUUCUCCUGAGAGGCGUGUGGUAGACACGGGUUAUCUUGCGUGGCCAUGCAUGCCUUGUGUUGAAACCGCAGCGUUUAGUUGUUUUGACUCCUCUCCAUAUGUCCACGCGCGACAUUACAUCCGUUUUAAUGUCCGCACACAACAUUCAUUUUUAUAGGGGUAGUUCUUUGGCGGCGACACCAUCCUGCUUUGCAGUGGCGCUCUAUUCGACAUGCUGUUCUAUAGAGAGGCAUGCAAUAGCACAAUGUUGCUGUGCGUGUUGGGCCAUGUUCCCCCGUGUCAGAACCUAAGAACAUUGGUCCUAAGAUUAUACAUCGUCAUUUCAACCGGCGUUCACUUGUCUGGGAAGUGCUUCACCCGAUCUGCUAUGACCAGCACCCAUGGACUGACAGUGAGCGAAAUACAUAGCCAUCGUGGCGUUAUCUAUCAUUCUAUGGCGAUCCUUUUUUCUGUGGCUCUUGUCCCAUUCUCCUUUUAGCAUCUUGUUUUCUCUGGUCUCUUCUUGAAGGUCUUUCUACUGACGUUACCGA